AUGUCACUAAAAACCAGCAAAGUACCUCAGAAAUGGAAAUCCGCCAACUUAUUACCACUCCCUAAAGAAUCACCAUUAAAUUCGUGCAACCAGUUAAGACCAAUCUCUCUGACGGACAUCAUCAUGAGACUAUUCGAGAAGUGCGUGUAUAAAUCUGAAAUCGAACCUAUCACAAGAAAUAACAUUGGUCCUGACCAAUUUGCUUAUAAAAAGGGUCACAACUCGACUAUGGCUCUGAUUAAAUCCCAACAUCAAUGGCUAGAGUGGCUGGAUAAAAACGCUAAUUAUGUUAGAGUGCUGUCGUUCGAUUUCAGCAAAGCAUUUGACAGUGUGCCCCACGAUCUUUUGUUUGAAAAAGUUAAAAAGCUACCCAUUAAUCCGUAUGUGGUGAACUGGUUAAUUAGCUUUCUAGAAAAUAGAAUACAAAGAGUAAUGGUUGAUGGAAUGGUUACAGAAUAUUUAUAUAUUAAUCGUGGUGUCCCUCAAGGUACUGUUUUAGGCCCAGUUCUUUUCUCAAUAAUGGUUGAUGAUAUUAAAACUGCUGAUCCUAGUAAUGCGUUAGUCAAAUUUGCUGACGAUUUGACGUUAGGAGUGCCUGGCAACGAAAGUGGUGACACAUCUCGAUCUGAAGCUGCCUGUUUACAGGAUUGGGCGGAAGAGAAUAGAAUGCCCUUAAACUUGGAAAAAACGUACGAAAUGGUUGUUCGCAGACACACCUCUGUAGUUUUGCCCAAGCUUAUCCCUUCAAUUAAGCGAAAAACAUGGCUAAAGCUUUUAGGAGUUACUCUACAAGAUAACCCGUGCAACUGGGAUUUGCACUUUGAAGAAAUGCUCAAAAAAGCAAGUGGACGAAUGUACAUUAUGAGAGUUUGCAAAUACUAUGGACUAUCAAUUAAACAAUUAGAUCUGCUGUUUGAUAGCCUAAUUAUGUCGAUAUUCACUUUUGCUAUUGAGCUGUGGGGUUGUGCAUACGACGGUAAAUAUUUGAACCAAAUAGAUAAAUUCAUUAAACGUGCACAUAAGAAUGGUUGUAUAUCAAAACGAACACACAUUAAAGAAAUACGUGAUAAGAGAGAUAAGAAGCUGUGGAACAAAAUAACAUCAACUGAGGACAAUGCAUUGCUUGAACUGCUGCCGGAAAAAAGAAGUAGGUUACUUAGGCCUAGAGGGCAUGAGUAUGAACUCCCCCUAGUGAGAACAGAAAGAUUCAAAAGGUCGUUCAUAAAUCGUUGUCUGUAUAACUUUGUUUAG